AUGUCUACCGGUCAAAGAGCAGGCAGCUGCCACCUAUUCAACAGUUUGCGUGUGUGUAAGCGGAAGCUGUCGGAGGAUGAACCACAACAAGAAAAGUCUAUCAUUGCUCAACCAAUAUUUGUUUUUGAAAACAGAGAACAAAUUUUUAAGAGACCUGCAGAAAACACCUUGAAUGAAGCAGCAAAACACGUAUGUAAUGGCCAUUCAAGAAAUUGUGUACAGUCUUCAUCUUUCACUCUCCACACUUCGGAUUCUCAGGCCCAGGGUGUGUCAACCUUGUCUCAGAAGACCAUGAGGUCUUCAUCCUUCACUGACUUCCCAGCCUUCCUACCUUCUGUACCAGUGAAAAAAAACAAUGUUUUUAUGACACCAACUCUUGUGAAAAGGAAUGUUGAUACAAAUAGUGAAAAACAAGGCCCCGUGAAACGUUCUGAGCACGUUUUAAGACCUGCUACUUUGCAGGCGCCUCAAUCUCAAAACUGUAAAAGAGCCAGAAAAUCAUAUGAGCACAACACAUUGGAAUCCAGCAGGAUGACACAGGAAAAUAUAAAACAUAAAGGUACUCAAUUACUCACUCAGCCUCAAGGUGAAAAGGAUUCAUACGCCAAGGACAAAAUAUUCAAAUCCACUCUGAAGUUUUCCACUAACUCUUCAAAUUCAAGAGUAGUCUCUAAUAACACAUCUCUAAUUGAAUCAGCUACUGCUAUCUUUUCCCAACCACCCCAAAAAUGCUUGCUGGAGAAAAUUGAUGUUCUGACUGGGGAGGAAGCAGAACAUAAUGUGUUAAAGGUCAACUGCAAGCUUUUUAUAUUCAACAAAGCAACACAAUCCUGGACUGAAAGGGGCAGAGGAACUUUGAGACUGAAUGACACAGCAAGCAGUGACUGCGGAACAUUACAGUCAAGACUGAUCAUGCGCAACCAAGGCAGUUUGAAACUGAUCCUCAAUAGCAGACUCUGGGCUAAGAUGAAGAUUGAGAGAGCAAAUCACAAAAAUUUACGAAUAACAGCUACUGAUUUACAGGAGUAUAGCAUCAAAGUAUUUUUAAUUCAGUCUAGUGUCAAAGAUACAGGGUACCUGUACACAGCAAUACAUCAUCGUCUGGUUGCACUUCAAAGCUUCGGUAAGCAGAAGGCCGUCACUCAAGCUGAGACGCAAUCAGAAGCCAUUCUCCAACAACUGAACUUUGACAGCUGUGAUGAGGAGGGGGACGAUUUCUUCCAAGUCUCUCAAAACGGAUCAGGUAAAUAACCUUC